GAACGACCGCUCCGUAGUUGUUAGCGAGUCUGCAUCGUUGGCUUUCCCAAACCUCCCGUCCCUGCGGAUUGCGGCCGCGCGACGAGGCGGAGGCUCGUUCGCCGGCCACCACCGCCAUGUCCUCCUCCCUCGCGCUCUCGCUCCCGCUCCCACCCCGGUGCGCGCUCCCCCUCCCGCCACCUCACCUCGCUCCCAAGCACCCAUCUCUCCGCGCCAACCAGUGCCACCUCCUCGUUCGCACGCUCCCCCCGCCUCGCCGCCUCCUCCUCGCCCCUAGGGCUUCGUCGUACGCCGCAUCCCCCGCCGAGCCGGCGCGUGAGGGUGGCGCGGGCGGGAAGAAGGCGCCCGGGUUCCGGAACAGGUUCCUGGACCUGGCGCGGCUCGGGGCCGUGGCGGAGGGCGCGGCGGAGGCCUUCUUCCGCAGCGAAAUCCGGCGGCGGCUUGCCGUCACGGCCGUGCUCAUCGUGCUCAGCCGCGUAGGCUACUUCGUCCCGCUUCCCGGGUUCGACCGCCGCCUCAUCCCCGACUCCUAUCUCAGCUUCGCCCCGCUCCCUGCAGAUGACCUCGUUGAUUUUGCUUCUGAACUGAAGCUGUCGUUUUUCCAGCUGGGAAUCAGUCAUCAGAUCUCAGCGUCGAUUGUAAUGCAGGUUCUUUGCCAUGUUCUUCCAUCACUUGAAAAGAUUCGCAAGGAAGGAUUAGACGGGCAUGAGAAGAUCAAAAGCUAUAUAUGGUGGCUAUCACUGGGUUUUGCAAUUGUGGCUGCUUGUACUGUGUCAUGCUAUUCGCUGCAGUACUCCAUAUAUGCAGCAAGUUACAGGGUUAAGCAUGUCAUAUUAACAAGCUUUCUGCUUGUCCUCGGUGCAAUGUCAACGACUUGGAUCUGUGACACCAUAACGGAAUCUGGCUUUGGGCAUGGCUCAUCUUUGAUUAUCUGUGUUGGAAUAUUGACUGGUUACACAAAUACACUACACAAGAUGCUAACUCAAUUUUCAGGAAAUGUGUGCACAUCUUGGCCCUACAUCUUGGGAGUAGCUGGGAUCUUUAUGAUGGUUACCAUGGGGGCAGUGUUGGUGACUGAAGGAUGUAGGAAGAUAAAGCUUCAGUACUAUGGAUUCAAGUUGGCUUCUAUUGCAGGGUAAUAAAGUAGUUUGAUUCUGCAUUA